CCCCACUUCAAAAACACCCCACGGUGAUCGGUUAUGAGAAUACAAGUUUCAAUAAUACAGACAUGCUUUCCGAGAACCAUGCUCCUGUCGCACAGGCUGCGCAAGACACCUGGGGCUCAAUGCCCAAGCGCAAGCCUGUGCCAGCGACCACUGCAGCCAUCGAGUCCGGGGAGGCAGCUUCUGGCCAAACGAGUCUGACGAAUGAUAAACCCGCAGCGUCAUCUACCAAGAAGACAUGGCUUCCCGCUGCAUGGCUUCCUGCGGGUGGGCUCGGCCUCUGGUUUGCAUCGCAGAAGCGAUCGCGCAAGUUGCUCAUCAUCGGCAUCGGAGCCGGGAUUGUACUGAUCGCACUGAUCAUCGGUCUUGCCGUGGGCUUGACUGUGGGGAACAAGCAUUCAAACCUCCCGCUUCCAACCGCCAACGGGGGCCCUUAUGAGGGUGACCUGACUUACUACAACCCAGCCCUCGGAUCCUGUGGCUACACAAACACGGACUCCGAUAUGAUCUGCGCAGUAUCACAUAUUCUGUAUGAUGCCGCCUCAACGGGGUCCAAUCCCAACGCAAAUCCGCUUUGCGGACUGAAAAUCAGACUUCGCCGCAACGGGGAGAGCGUGGACGUCAAGAUUGUCGACCGUUGUGUUGGCUGUGCAGUGACUGACCUGGAUGUCACCGAAGCGGUCUUCAAGAAGGUAGCCGAUUUGGACCAGGGACGCGUUUCUGUCGAGUGGUCCUGGCUGGAGACCCCGCCUGUUUCCAUCUCAUGAUUGAGUUUCAGGUCUUUGUUUCAUGAUUUAGGGUCAUCUAGGCCCUUGAUUGUGUGGUGCUCAUCUGGUUUCGUUCAGAAAGGGGCCCCCCGCGACAUCAACCAUACCCAUUGCUAGCAUUGGCCUCUUCGUUUGCGCAACGCCGGGCUAGCGAUUAUUAGGGACAUUCAAGGGCCGUUGAGGCCAGACAAAUCAGUCAUUUUGAGGACAAGCGAAUCGCAUAAUAUCAUCAAUUGAUAGGAAGAGAACUUUCAAUCUGGGAAUUCAUGGCGCUAUCUCUCAUCUCUGAUGAUAUCGCCCGCACAUCAAUACGAUAACAGCGGUCCCCAGAAUUUGGUCCCUUCGAGCCUGCCUGCACCUCCUUUGAGCCUAUGAGACCGGAUUCUUUUCGUGCUGGUUGAUUGUGCUAGCAAGACUUCAUGGUCCUCGCUACGUGUUGGCCUUCUUGUCUGUUCGUGAGAAACACUACAUCAUGCAGUGGGGAGGCACACAAAAGCUACAGGCCAUGUGCUCCUUGGCACUAAAUAAACCCUCUCCUCAUGAACGCAGGGCCACCAGGAUGGACCUGGACCCCAGGUGACACUGUCAAAUAAGAAUUCAUUCCUGCUGUGUAGUGAUACAUGUCAAGGUCCUUGUCAAGCCAAACUAGGCAAAUACAAUCAGAUGAUAUACGCCGUAUGUGGAAUUGGGUAUUUUCUACAGGAAGAGCUCCCAAAGCAGUGGAACUGUCAUUAUAUCAUGUGAACAUCUCACAGUAUCGUAAAUUGAACGUUACUAUCAAAUAGACUAG